AUGGAGCUCAGCAUCCUCUUCCUCCUGGCUCUCUUCACAGGCCUCUUACUUCUCCUGGCCAGGGGCCACCCAAAGGCCCAGGGCCACCUCCCACCAGGCCCCCGUCCUCUGCCUUAUUUGGGGAACCUUCUGCAGAUGGACAGAAGAGGUCUACUCAAAUCCAUCCUGAGGCUCCGAGAGAAAUACGGGGAUGUGUUCACGGUGUACCUGGGGCUGAAGCCUGUGGUCAUGCUGUGUGGCACAGACGCCCUGCGGGAGGCCCUAGUGGACCAAGCUGAGGCCUUCUCUGGCCGGGGGCAAGUGGCUGUCGUUGAGCAAAUCUUCCAGGGAUAUGGUGUCAUCUUUGCCAACGGGGAUCAUUGGAAGGCUCUCCGGCGAUUCUCUCUGUCCACCCUGAAGGAUUUUGGGAUGGGAAAGCAGAGCAUGGAGGAGAGGAUCCAGGAGGAGGCUCAGUGUCUGGUGGAGGAGCUGCGGAAAUCCAAGGGAGCCCUCCUGGAUCCCAGCUUCUUCUUCCAGUCCAUCACUGCCAACAUCAUCUGCUCCAUUGUCAUUGGAGAACGCUUCGCCUACAAAGAUCCCCAGUUCCUGCGGCUGCUGGCUUUGUUCUACCAGUCCUUUGAGAUUGUCAGCUCCUUCUCCAGCCAGGUGUUCGAGCUCUUCCCGGACUUCCUGAAGCACUUUCCGGGCCCACACCGGCAAGUCUACAAAAAAUUGCAGGAAGUCAAGGACUUCAUCGGCCGCAGCGUGGAUAAGCACCGUGAAACCCUGGACCCCAGCGCCCCCCGGGACUUCAUUGAUACCUACCUGCUCCACAUGGACGAAGAGAAGUCCAACCCGGACACCGUGUUCCACUACCGGAACCUCAUCCUUAACAUCCUGUCACUCUUCUUGGGGGGCACCGAGACCACCAGCACCACUCUCUGCUAUGGAUUUCUGCUUAUGCUCAAAUACCCUCACAUCGCAGAGAAAGUCCAUAAGGAGAUUGAACAAGUGAUUGGCUCACAUCGCCCUCCUGCUCUCGAGGACCGAGCCAAAAUGCCAUACACCGAUGCAGUCAUCCACGAGAUUCAGAGAUUUGCGGACCUCCUCCCCAUUAGCUUGCCCCACAUGGUCACCAAAGACACUUACUUCCGAGGGUACUUCAUCCCAAAGGGCACUGAAGUAUUCCCCAUCCUGAGCUCUGCCCUCCACGACCCACAUUACUUUGAAAAACCAGAUGACUUCAACCCUGACCACUUUCUGGAUGCCAAUGGGGCUCUGAAGAAGAACAAAGCUUUUAUGCCCUUCUCCAUAGGGAAGCGUGUUUGUCUUGGUGAAAGCAUCGGCCGGACCGAAUUGUUCCUCUUCUUCACCACUAUCCUCCAGAACUUCUCUGUGGCCAGCCCUGUGGCCCCCAAGGGCAUCGAUCUCACACCCCGGGAGAAUGGUGUGGGCAGACUGCCCCCCUUAUACCAGAUCUGCUUCCUGCCCCGCUGA